AUGGGACUCCAGGAUCUCAGCGCUGAGACGGUUGUGACGAUACUACGGUCACUCGAUGUGCAGGACAUAUUGAAUUUAAGAUGUGUCUGCCGAUAUAUGGAUCAGGUCGUCAUAGGCAACCUAGUCUAUACUGGACAAUAUACUCAGACUAUGAAUGACCGGCUCUGGUCACGACUUCUAUAUGAGCAAAUCGCGCAUGAUGUCUCCAGCCACGAGCACAUCACCCGGAUCGUAUCCCGCUUGCGGUCGCAGUUUGCUGUAAAAUGCUGCGCGGAAGACUGCAUGCAAGCUAUAAGUGCUGCCCUGGUUUCAUACAAGGGCCGCGGCUGGGUUGCAGAAAACUUGAGAAGUGUCAUGCAUUGGAGUGAUAGUUGGGAUGACCUCGCUAUCAUGGUGUUAGGGGCCUGGAUCGGGUUGAGGAAUGUUGUAAGGGGGCUUCUUGAAAGCGGUGUACCGGCUGAUAAGAGUCACGGGUUCCUGGGCAGUGCUAUAUAUGCUGCUGCGUUCAAUGAUGAUGAGCUUCUGACGGAGCUCCUCCUGGACCAGAGUGCGGGCGAUUGGAAAAUGGACGGUGCUUAUGGCGAUGCCCUACAGCUCGCAGCCUAUCGGGGGUCGAAGAAUGUGGCACGACGUCUUAUUGAAAACCACAUACAGAAACAAACAUCUCCAAGCUCCUUCGGCUAUGGACCUUAUGGUAGCCCUUUGGGAGCAGCGGCUGCAGCGGGACAUGACGAUAUUGUGCGGCUGUGUGUGGAAUGGCAGAAAGGUUCAAGACAGUUGGGUCCUCAUUUACGGACUCCAUUAUUCUAUGCAGCUAGAAGUGGAAGAGCCAGUGUUGCUAAAAUACUCCUCGACGGUGGGGAGAUGAGACCUAACCUGGAUGAUGACUUCAACGAUACCCCUUUAAGCGUUGCGGUGGAGCACAACCACGAAGACGUUGUUUCUGUGCUACUAAGCAGCGACAAGAUCAAAGCAGCCUACCCGGGAAUACGAAGUAGCAAGCUAACCCCACUCCAAAUCGCAGCCAGGAAUGGGAACACGAAUAUCGUCCGAAUGCUCUUCCGUCGUAGCGAUGUUGAAAUCGGGGGACACGGAGAUAGGGAACCUCCCAUCGUCAUGGCUGCGCUCAACGGCCAUACAGAGAUAGUUGAGCUGUUGCUUACGAAGGACAGAGCCCGCCAUGUAGAGCGUUUCUUGCCAUGGGCGGCGUCUCGUGGCCUUACUGAUAUGGUCAAACUGGCCUUGGACUCACAGGUAAUCAAUCCAAAUUUCCAGGACGAGGAGUUCAGGACCGCCCUACAUCAUGCAGUAGACCAGGGCCGUGAGGAUCUGGCCAGAUUGCUGCUGCUGCGGAAUGAGACGAACCCAAACCUCGAAGAUAGCAAAGGGCGAACCCCGCUGAUACUCGCAAUAGAGGGCGGAAACUUGCUCCUAUUCCGCCUUCUAUUAGACGAUAAAAGGACGUCUGUCAGCAACAGCAAUCUUAACGGCAUGACACCACUGCAUGUUGCAUGUAAACACGGAAAUCUAACUUUUGUGGAAAGUAUACUGUGCCGAGAAGCUGUGAACGUAAAUUCCCUGGACGCGGCCUGGCAAACGCCCUUAUGUCACGCUAUUAGCUCCAAAAGCGAAGGAAUAAUACAACUGUUGCUUGACAACAAGAACAUCGAUCCUAGUCAGCCCUAUAACAACAAAGGGAAGACGCCAGUAUACAUAGCUACUGAGUGCGGCCAGUCCAAGCUCGCUAUUGCGCUUAUCCAGAGAUACAAAGCAAACCCAGACUGCUGCUGCGACGAGUACCUAGCAACGCCGUUGAUGAUCGCGGCCGCGCGCGGUGAUCUUGACCUCAUGUCAGUCUUGCUAAAAGAAGGCACAGUGAACAUCAACGCACAGAACAAGCUUGGACGCACUGCCCUUGGACUUGCAGCGUGGCACGCACAAGCAAGAGCUGCACUUAUGCUUCUUCAACACCGCAAUGUUGACGUGCAUCACCGGGCAGAUGACGGGACGACGGUUUUCCUAAUGGCGGCUCGUGGAGGCCAUCCGGAGGUUCUGAUAGAGCUGUUAGUAAAGGGUGCUCAUCCAGGUGUUUCCAACUGUAUCGGAGAGACGCCUAUCUAUGUCGCCGCAGAGAACGGCCACUAUGACGCUGUGUUAAUGCUACUAGCGCACGCCGAUGUGGACCCCAAUCAACCCACAUACUACCAGGAAACGCCGUUAUCAGUGGCGGCCCGCAAGGGGCACGUGGCUGUGGUGCGCCUCUUACUUGAGCAAGGGGGCGUGAGCUUUAACCCAAAGUGUCAGUUGUCUAAGACGCUGCUUUCGAUGGUCACCAACAAGACAGUAAUACGGCUGUUGAUGGACGCUGGUGAAAGGUUCUUGGAAGCGCCGUAA